AUUGGGCGGGGCGGCGUCGUCUUCCCAUGAGCUCCUCCCAAGCACCUUCCCCAGACCUCGCUCAACAUCGCUCAACACGCCACACAGACGGGGCAGGACAGCGACAGCUGUUUGACUCGGGGGUAUUUGCUGGCACCCAACCGGCCAACUUGCAACCUAGACCUGGCACCUGGGCCAGACGGUCAGCACUCGGCGCCCCGACGCGGGCACGCUCAAAAAUCCGAUCCCGGCGACUGUUUGAUCGGGCCGUUUGUUCUUGCAUUUCCUCCGUCCUUCUCCCCUCAAAUCCAGCUCCCAGCCUGUGUAUUCCUAGCUCGCCCAACCAGCCGCCAACCGCCUACGACCAGAAUCGAUAAGCCCACGCCACGCCGAUACCAACCUAGACCGUCUCCCAUCCGCCCGUCAACCGAGAGCUCAAGCUUGUCACAAAGCACUCGAGUCGCUAACUGGGUGCUGUCAACCUGGCUCCUCUUGUUUCUUUCUUUGAACCAGGCUCGGCCCCGAAGCAACGUGACGCUGCAGGAGCCCGCCUUGGACGCCUCCCAAGCAUCGCGUCUCAGCCUGCCCUGGCCCGCCUCGUUUUAUCCCCAUCGUCGUUCGCCUGCUGGUGCAGGUCCCGAAAGUGCCGUUUGCGGCCUGACCUCUGAAGCGGCCCGGAUCGCCACGCUCUGAUAGCCCUUGGGGUUUAUUGUCGCCCUAGCCCAGCUUGCGCGCCGACCGAGACUCGCUUCUUUUCGACGAACCCUGCCUCCUCAUAUACCACUCCAUACUUGCAUCUUUCCAAACGCCAUCCGCCAGACUGGCUUUCCGCGCCUUCCGAGCCGUCGGCAUCGCUGUCAGCCUGGGACUCGCUGCCCUUGCUGCUUACCAAAGCCAAGGCUCACAGAACCAGCACGAACGGAGCGGGAGCAACAUGUCACACCUUUUCCGCGGUCCGCAUUUGAAUGCCUUUGCAGGCAGGGAGGUCGUCUUUUGUCAUAACUGUAGGCACGAGUGGUACCAUGAAAUCAGCGGUCUUCAGUGCCCUCAUUGCAGGUCUGGGGCCACCGAGAUUAUAUCAGAUCGCGAGAAUGACCCCCGCGAUCUCCGGCAGCGGAAUACGGACUCUGAUGCGGACGAAAACGACCCAGAAAGGGAGUUUCGGCGGGCCGGCAACAUGCUCUAUAGUCGGAUCACAUACCGGAGCCCGCCCCGCCACGAGCCUGGAUGGGAGUCUGGCCCGGUGCAUCCGGCCGAUCCCCAUGCCAUUGUGCACCGCUUCGCCGAGCUGGUCAGCGAUCUCGACCAGGGAAGGCACGCGCCGGACGGCCCGGCCACUGCCCCUGGACCGCGCUUCGCCCGCGCGACGUUUCAUAGGCCGAGUUUCGGUAACGGCCAGACCGGCUUCACCAUCACCACACCCCAUGUGCGCGUCGGCCGUGACUCCAACCGCCCGCCGCAAGAUGUUGCCAGCGAUUUCGCCAUGCUUUUCGAAACCAUAAUGGGCAACAUCACGCCCCAGGCCGGCAAUAGCCCGUUUGGCAGUGCAAACAACGCCAACAACGCCAACAACGCCAACAACGCCAGUGCCGCCGAUGGCGCCGGUGCAGGUGCCGAUAAUGACACGGCCCGCGGCGGCGGACAGCACCAUCCCCCCCAUGGAUUCCCAUUGCAGUUCCACCAAAUAAUAAGUGCUUUGUUCGGACCUCCUGGCAAUUCGAACUGGGGUGAUGUGGUGACAUCGCAGCAGGAGCUGGACCGGAUAAUCUCCAAUCUCAUGGAAGCCAAUCCGCAGUCCAACGCGGCUCCGCCGGCCUCGCAGACAGCGCUAGACAAGCUGGAGCGCAAGAAGCUGGAUACGACUAUGGUCGGCACCGGUGAGAAGGCCGAGUGCACAAUCUGUAUUGAUGAGCUGCAUCACGGCGACGAGGUCACGGUCCUGCCGUGCAAGCAUUGGUUCCACGGCGACUGCGUGGUGCUCUGGCUCAAGGAACACAACACGUGCCCCAUCUGCCGCGCCCCCAUCGAGGAAAAGCGGCAGCCGGCUUCGUCGCCCGAGGGACUAGGCGGCGGCUGGCGCAACUCUACCGGUGGCUCCAUGCACAUGCCUUCGCUCUUUGGCCCUCCUAUGCGUUCAAACACGGCAGGAGAGUCGUCGGCAUCGGCAUCGGCAUCGGCGUCGGCAUCAGCGUCAGCAUCGACCCCACCGCAACCGACGACGUCGGACUUUUCAUCGACACGCCAAGCGGCCGAUGGCAGCUCCUCUAACAACAGGCGCCGCCUGGUGCGCACGCCCUCGGAGAAUGAGCAUCGGCUGAAUGUCAUUCGCAGCGCCACUUUCACCAUGGGCAACAUGCCAGGCGAUAUCAGCAGCAACAAUAGUAACAGCCGGGGCACUCCGCCAUUGGGAGGGUAUCGCCGAAACUCGCUCUCGCCGCCCAGCGCCGGAUCACAGCAGCAACAGCGGCAGCAGCAACAGGGGACAGCCGCAGCGGGCGCUCGUAGUAGGGACCGAAGCCCGCCUGAGGGGUCCUUCUGGUCCUUCGGAUCUGCAUCGGCGGACCAGGAACGGAACCGGGACAGAGACAGGGACCGCACAUCGGGCCUAUUUGGCGACCGUUCCAACCGACACAGCCAUCGUUCCGGCAGCGGCAGCGGCAAUAACGGCGAGGGCGAUAGUGGCAGCGGCAACAGUGGCGGCAACAGUGGCGGCGCUCCCAGAUUCAGCAGUUGGUGGAGUAGACUCGGUGGAUCUGGCUCGUCGUCUGGCAAUGGCAACAACGAUGGUCGGAGGCAUUGAGUGCCAUCCGAGGCAGACAAGCAGCCGACCCAAGGUUUGGCUUCAAAGUCCCCAUCAUUUUUCUUGUCAGCCUUGUUCUUUCCUGGCCUUUCUCCGCCUCGACAACAAGGGCGGACGGUGUCAUUGUGGGAAGCGGUUACUACAGUGCGUCGUGGAUCAAGACGAUUGCGUUUGUUUAUUCGUUUGUUUGUUCGUUUGGGGUUCAGGGUCCGGGUACAGCAAUGACGGGCUUUCCAGUUAGAUUUUGCCAUUCUUUUGGGGAGACGAUUCAGGGCAAAUAAGUU